AUGUUAAUUUUAUAAAAUAUUUUCUCAAACAAUUAUCAAAAAGUAUUAAAAACUAAUAAUAUUUGUAACAAAGAAGAGGAUCCUUUAAUUGAUUAACUUGUUCAAAAGAAAAAGAACAUGAUGAAGGAAGUAUUUGAAAAUACAGAAUCUAUUGCUGUUCCCUCAUUUAAUACUAAAUUGAAAGAAUCAAUCGAUAUGCAGCAAAGCUCACUUUGCUCAAGUUAAUUAUAUUAAAAUUAUUAGUAAAAUGAUGAAGUAAAAGAAUAGCAGUUAGAAAACCAAUAAAUUCAGAAUACACCACAUUCAGAAAAAUUGAAAGCUUCUGAAAAAGAGCUCACAACAUUGAAUACCAGAUAUACAGAAAAUGAUGUAUUAGAAAAUGUUUCUUAUGAUCAAAAAAAAUUGCUAUUUUAAAACAGUCCUAAUAUUUUAAAAAUUAGAAAUCCAUAAUAACUUACAAAAAUUUCCACUAAAUAUAGUUAACAAAGAAACUUGACAAACAAAUUAACAUCUAAUAAUUGUUAGGAAAAUAGCGUAAAUUAACAAAAUUUGAUAUCAAUUUCAGUCUAAAAGGCUAAUAAAGAUAAUGAAAGAAAUUUGAAACUUAAAUUUUAAGAUAAAAUAGAGCAUUAUUCGAAAAAGGUUUUUUAGUUAAAAGAUGAUAUUUUGUAAAGAAAGGCUUAAAUGAGUUUAUUUAAUUUUAGGUAUUAUUUCACUAUUCGGAACAGAUAAGAUAUACAUUAAAACAAGGGAAUGGAUUCAUAAGAGGCUAAAGUAGUUGAAAAUUAAGUUCAACAAACGAUGGAUAUUUUAUAACUAUUUAGAGAUUUGAUAUAACUCAAGAAAGCUGUGAUGGUUUUAUUCAGUAAAGAAUAACUAGCUGCUUUGUAACUGGUGGGUUGCUCAGCUAACCUUUAAAAUGUUUAAUAGAUGAAAUAAAAUUCACCACAAUUUGAAUAGAAAAAAUAAAAUCAUUUUUAGAAGUAAUAUACAAUCGAAUAAUCAUAAGAAUUACAAGAAUUUUAUAUCAAAAAAUUCUUAAAAAGAUGCUCAAGUAAUUAAAAUCUAAGCAAGCUUGAUUUAAGAAUUUUAUCUUCAUUAAGUUAAAAUUGA